GAUAGUGUGAUUAGAAGACCUCAUCAGGAGAGGAGUAACAUUCACAAGUGUUUAACGUUUAAACUUUAACUAACCGCGAAGGGAUUUACCCAGGAUGAGAUCCCUUACGUUAUUGUUGCUCGGAGUCAGCUGCAGUCUACUCAUUUCAACAGCAUUCGCCCACCCACCUGAAGGAGUCUGGAAGAAGAAGCUGGUUUGGAAAGAAGACUGGGUACAAAUUUGGAAGACUGUCAAGAAAGAAGCUUGGGAAACCAAAUGGAAGAAAAUCCAAGUACCAAUUUGGAAAGAAGUCCAAGUGCCCAUCUGGAAAGAAGUUCAAGUACCCGAUUGGAAGAUUGUGAAAAAACCCCACAUCGAAGAACGUGAAGUGCCCGCAUGGAAAGAAGAAAAAGUCCCCGAAUGGAAGAAAAUCAACAAACCCAUUUGGAAGGAAAUCAAAGUUCCUAUCUGGAAAGAAAUCCAAGUACCCGAAUGGAAACAAAUGUUUGUCCCCGAAUGGGUAAAAAUGGGAAUACCCGGUGAGAAGUUCCUUGGCAAAGAUCACGAAGGUUGGGAAUACACCAGUCAUGAUCUGUGGCGGAAAAAAUUGAUCUGGAAACCAGUAUGGAAGAAAGUCUGGAAAACAGAGAAAAAACAAGAAUGGGUACCGGAGAAGAAACUCGAAUGGAAGGAAGAAUGGAUUCAAGUGUGGAAGCCAGUAAAGAAACAAAUCUGGAUCAAGGAGAAACGUGAAACAUGGGUCGAAGAGAAAGUACAAAUUUGGCGAACAGAGAAGAAACAAGCCUGGGCUACAGAAAAGAAGGAAGCAUGGAAAGACGAAUGGAAAGCCAUUCAAGUGCCAGUGUGGAAGGAAGUUAAGGUGCCAGCAUGGAAGAAGGUCUGGAAGCCAGUAUGGGAAAAAGUUUGGGUGCCAAUUCAUCAUGAAGAACAUCAUCAUGGUUGGGAUUAAGAUCAAAAAUUGUUGAUCUUUGAAUUGUUAUCUCUUAGUUAAGUGCAUUUUUUCAUGUACCACGACUGUUUUCAUGCUUGCUGUAAAUAAUCUUCAGCUAUCAUUUUCUUCAUCUGUAUUAUCUCUUCUUCUUAGUUCUAUUUUAAUUUUUUUUUCUAUAUUCAAGUGUACCAUGUGUUUUUUUUUUUUGUAUAUAGUCAGAGCCAUCUAUAAUGUGAUAGUGGCAAAAAACAAACUUCCUUAAUAUCUAAGAAACUGAAUGAUAUCUCGAGUUAACGCUGUUAGAAUGUUUAAAUUUGUUGUAGUUUUUUAAGUCUAAACGAAACGAUAGUAAUUUUUCUGU